AUGCUUCCCUCGCUUGCCGUGCUGGGCUCAUUGGCAUUUACUCAAAAUUCGACGAGCCACCUACAACCAAAUAUCUUUGUGCUGCCCGGCCCGAGUAAUAAGAGCUGCUCGAAUGAGGAAUUUGAGAGAACUAAAGGAUGCAUGACAACAUUCAUCGAGAAUUACAACUAUCAGCUGGACGAUCAGGGGAAACUCCCCCGGAACUUCUACCCACUUUUUGACCGGAUACAAAUCGAUGCCGCGAAUUUGUGCAAAACCUUUUCUUCCCUGCAAUCAUGUCUGGGAAGCCGAUACGAGGAUUGUUUGACGCUGGAAACGCUGUCGAAACUAACGAAUACCAUGGACGACGCGAAGGCGUACGCGGAAGAGCUGGCGCUGUUCGAGCUGUACUGUAGCAACUCGCGGAGAUUUAUCGAAUAUUUCCAAUGCUACGACUCGAUCGAGGACGACGAACUGCACAAGGCUGUGCUUGACCAUUGUGAUGAUGAUUUGCAUAACCCGGCGUGCCGUGACAUGGUAACAGUGGCAAGGUGCCAGCUCGUCCUUUUCCAACGUGACUGCGGCCAAAAGAUUAAAACAGCCUUCUGCGCCUACAACAAUAUACGGAUGCGAAUGUUCGGGUACGAGACGUGUGAAGAGCGACCGUGCUCCUCCAAGCGGCCCUCGAUAUUGCUGGUCUUGGCUCUUGCGAUUUGUUUCUAUUUUUCCUCAACUUCACCCCAAGAAAACUUUUAUGCCGACAAGGCGUUGGCGCCCUCGGUUUGCGAGACGAUAGAUUAUGUGACGGCCUUCAACUGUUUCCAAAAUCUCAUCUACCUCAAUCGAACAGUGCCCGUCAAGGCCACGAAAUUUCCGCCUUUCUCAGCCCUCAAAAUCAGCGAGACGAAUGUGGCAUGCGACCAAGUCGAUAAGCUGAACGACUGCCUCGGCAGCACGAAGACGCGCUGCUUCGAUCUGCCGACAAUCGCUAGAUACGUGCCCAGCGACACCUCGGUGGAGGCGGAGAGCUAUCUGCGCUUGUUCAUCAACAUGAACUAUCGGUGCAACGAUACGAAGAACUAUCAAAGGUAUGUGAAUUGUCGGACGGCCGUAACGGGAAUGCGCGAGCAGACGAGGACCGAAUAUUCGAAUUGCGGCGAUUAUCGAUAUGGCGAUGAGUGC